AAAGAACAUAAACACUUCUGAGCUUUUGUUUCAGAGUUUUUCUGGUACACAAACAAAUGGCUUCAAGAACCUCUCUUGCACUCUUCCUUUUCCUUAACCUCCUCUUCUUCACUUACACUUCUGCUCAAGGCACUUGUCCUAGAGAUACCCUUCAGAUCGGUGCUUGCACUAAUGUGCUCUUGAGUACAAUUAGCUUAACAUUGGGAAACCAAACGCCUGCACCAAUACCGCCAUGCUGUUCGCUCAUUGCAGGCUUGAUUGACGCUGAGGCUGCAGUCUGUCUCUGUACCGCGCUCGAUGUUAACAUUCUUGGUGCCAUCAGCAUUCACCUUCCCAUCAAUCUCAGUGUACUCUUCAAUGCUUGUAGCAGAUUUGCUGCACCAAGUUUCCAAUGCCCCUAAGUUGAAUACGUAUGACAUACAUACCGAAAAAAUAAAGGUUGAACGUGUUGCCUAUCGUCUUUUGUUUUUUUUAACUUGUGAUUUUCUUUUGUAUUUGCAAUUUCCUUUCAUUGAAUAAAAUAAUGAGUGUAACGUUAUCAUGCAACAAUGGGGUUUGUGUGUGUAAUAGGCACGUUUGUUCCCCUUUUACAUACUUGUUCCUCCUUAUCUUCAUUUUCAAAUGUCUUUUGAAUUUGAUUAAUAAAAGCUUCAAUCGGUG